GCGUGACGCUAGGUGCAGAGAUGCUCCAUGGGAAAACUGAGGCCGGAGGUCGAGCCGGAAGCUGAGACCCUGGGCGGAAGGAGGAAGAGAGGCGAGGAGCGUGGCGGGGCAGGGCGCAGGCGCCGGGUUCCGGCGGCCUAGGAGUUUACGUGCUUCGCUGCUCCGCCUGCAUCAUGGGCUCCAAGGCCAAGAAGCGCGUGGUGCUGCCCACGCGGCCCGCGCCCCCCACGGUGGAGCAGAUCCUGGAGGAUGUGCGGGGGGCGCCAGCCCAGGACCCCGUCUUUACUGCCCUGGUCCCAGAAGAACCUCCAGAUCCCUCCCUGAAGGCUGAGGACCCCGAAGCCCAGCAGGAACAGCUCUACCAACAGAGCCGCGCGUAUGUGGCCACCAAUGAGAGGCUGCGGCAGGUUGGAGACGAGUUGAAGCAGAAGUUCGAAGAUCUCCAUGAAGCUGGCUGCAGGCUGGAGCAGGACAUGGGCCAGGUGGUGCUGCUGGGGACCUCAGCCACCUCCUAGGGCUGCAGUUGCACCAGAUAUAGUCUUUCCAUCUGUCUGUUCGUCCAAGUCCUCCCCAGGGUCCUGGAUGCCCAACUGGGCUGACAUCCCCUCUUCCACCCACAGUGGCCUCUCAUUUGAGAUACUACUUGGUAAAUGGUUGACUCUUGUUCAUUCA